GCCUGUUUUGAAAUCUGGAUGAAAAACUGUUACUGAAGUCCUGGAGCAGCAGACACCAAACCAGCAGCAAGGACCACAUUCUGGGACAGAAACAUCCUUCUUUGCUCUUUGCCUUUUUUUUUAAUAACCCAAGAUUCCCCGCCAACAAGCCUUGGAGUCAUGCUGUGUGUCAGGAGACAAGUCCCCAGGUGGAGCUGAGGAGGUAUGAGGUUGUGGGGGGUGAGAGCUGCCACGGCCAUGUGGCACCUCCGACAGCCUCCUCUCACACCUCCCUUUGAGAAUGCAGGUUUUCCAGAUAGUUAAGGAGCUUGUGUCGCCGUCGAGACACAGGACAGCAGCCAGAUUUGGAGCGUCUGAUACCGAGCAGGAUGCGGCAGCGAAACUGGACAGGGAGCGGGCCGACAUCGUCGCCAAAUAUGACAAGGGAAAAGAGGCCACCGUGGAGCCCUGGGAGGACACCAGUUACCACUUGUACAAAGUCAUCGACCGCUUUGGCUUCGUACAUGAGGAUGAACUUCCAUCCUAUGACUCGUCAGAGGAGAAGCAAAAACACACAGAGAUGGAGCGGACCACCAAGUGGGUGAAGAUGUUGAAGAACUGGGAGAAGUACAAGAGAGACGACAAGAUGGUCAGGAGGGUCUACAAGGGCAUUCCACUGAAGCUCCGAGGGGAAGUGUGGUGCCUGCUGCUCGAUAUUCCCAAAUUAAAAGAAGAUAAGAAAGAUUUAUAUGAGAAGCUGAAGAUCCGAGCCAGAGCACACUCUCCCGACAUCCGCCAGAUUGAUCUGGACGUAAACAGAACCUACAGGGACCACAUCAUGUUCAUGACUCGCUAUGAUGUCAAGCAGCAGGCGCUAUUCCACGUCCUCGCAGCCUACUCCAUCUACAACACGGAGGUGGGCUACUGCCAGGGCAUGAGCCAGAUCACAGCUCUACUGCUGAUCUACAUGAAUGAAGAGGAUGCCUUCUGGGCUCUGGUCAGACUACUGUCUGGACAGAAGCACGCCAUGCACGGGUUUUUCGUCCCUGGUUUCCCAAAGCUGAUGCGUUUCCAAGAGCACCAUGACCGCAUCCUCAAAAAGAUGAUACCCAAACUGAAACAACACCUGGACAACCAGGAGGUGUUUACAAGCCUGUACACCAUGAAGUGGUUCUUCCAGUGCUUCCUGGACAGAACUCCCUUCACCCUCACCCUCAGAAUCUGGGACAUCUACAUCUUAGAGGGGGAACGACUGCUGCCUGCCAUGUCCUACACUAUCCUCAAAUUGCACAAAAAGCACCUGCUGAAGUUGUCCAUGGAGGACUUGGUGGAGUUCCUGCAGGUGUCUUUGGCCAAAAACUUCUACUUCGAGGAUGACACUGUGAUUGAGCAGCUACAGGCAUCCAUGACGGAGCUUAGGAGAGCAAAGCUGGACCUGCCGUCACCAGGUAAAGAGGCAGAGUUUCCCAAGAAGAUUCUGGGGCAGCUUCCUCCUGAGCCGGCAGCAGCGGCGAACCAUAUGGGCAAUGGUCAAAGCCACACCGAGCCAGUGGAGCCUCCGAGGAACUCCAGUCCUCUGCCCGACCGCCAGCGGGACAGUCGGCCCCCGAGCCGGUCACGCCGGGACUCGCUUGACAGACCAAUCCGUCACCACAAAGUGGACAACAAAAGGGAUGCCCACUCCAGGGGAUCAAGUGAUAGCCAUGGUGAGCAGCAAAAGCAAUCUUUCACACCGGAGAAAGAAGCAGCGCCACCAGCCUCCACCACAAGACUACAGAUCCCUACGGAGGACAGAGGGAAGACUCAGAGCCAUGCUACCGCCAACCACAACUCCAACGCAGCUUCCAGCUCCCACAAAGAAAUCACUCCUCGUUGGUUCAAGCCCUCAGAGACAAAGCUGGAAGCUGCCAAGGCGGCAGCCGCACGUGAGGUUAAGCUGAGUCGUAGCACAUCACCAGUUCCUUCCAGUCCAGAUUGCAACGCUACCUUCCAGCGCCGGCCAGGGUCCAGGGGAUUCAUCCCCGGAUCUGAUCGAGGCUCCAACGCCUCCCAGUAUGAUAAUGUACCAGGGCUACCUGAGCAGGACUUUGAGAUCCUAGAGCUUGAGAGACCUCCGUCCAGAAUGAGGACCCCUCGCAGUGAAACGCCGUUCAAUGUUUCAGCACAACAUCAGGGCAACCCCAGCUGUGGGUCGAGCCUGGCUGGGAGCGUCGUCUCCGUCACAUCAGGGCUCAGAAUGUCCAAACACAGUUUUGCACCUCAAUUUUCCCACAACAGUCCACCAGGGCUCCCAGCCAGCAGCUCCGUCGGCCAGAACCGAUACCACACACCUCCCCAACAGAACUCUCCAGGAAGAACUACUGAGAUUCUCAUCCCCCAUCCAGCUUACAGCAUGAAAUUAGACCAUAGAGAGGAUGAUAGACUCUAUGCUCCGCCUUCCGGCAUGGUGUACGGGGAAAUAGCUUAUGCAACCACCCAACGACAACCCAAUAAUAUCUCCCCUGAGAAAGCUCUUUUGAAUAACUCCUUUGCCACCUAUCGCAGAAAUCAGCCAUCCGGCUCCACCCGCAACCUUGGGAACAACAGAUCUCCCCCGGAUGACUCUCUGCACCUAGAAAGCCAAGGCAGCUCCACCCCAAUCUACCGGCAACAACUCACAGCAACUUCCCACGUCUAUACUAAGAUGGACCACCGGUUUGAGGGCCACCAGAGAGGGGAGGCGAAUCAGCACUACCUUUCGGAGGGCAGGCCUCGUUGGCCUGUCGAUGGACUCCAGUGGAAGCCAGAGGAAGAGCUGCCCCCUCAGUCCCCGGGUGGGAUGCCCCGCUCACCCAGUUUCCAGCGAGCCCAAAUGUCUCCUGUUCAGGAGUUCAUUUUCCCCACCAACCCAGACAACCUGCCACACUACAGGACACAACCCCAAGAACAGCCGACAGUCAUGCGGCAACAGCUCCCUCAGCUGUUUGGAGGACCACACUACAGGCACGCACAGGAGGCGUUUGCCUUGCAGGAGUCCAUGCUGCUGUGAUGCGAAGAUACAGACAUUUCUAGACACUGUAAAAGACUGAGGUGUAGUCACAGACACUGUGGUAAAGAUGACUAAUAGUCCUAAGUCUGUUAGAAACUUGGACUUGUUUCUGCUCUGCUGUUCUUUACUUGUGAAGUACUGACCUAGUGACUGUCACACUGCAUCGUAAUGCUGCGGGAUGUGCCAGCCACCAAUGUUUUUACUGAUUGCAUUAAAAAGAGACAAAAAAAAACAAAAAAAAAAAA